CAAGUUUUCGCGUGUAAACAAUUUGUCGAGUUUUCUAGAAAUAAAAUGUCUGCUGAGGGUGGCGGUCAAGUUUUAUUGCCGGUUGAGGCAGAGGCUGCAGUAGAGUCAUUGAAGCAAUUCCCCCUGAAGGAAAUAGGUGGACCAAAAUGGUCAGUUCAGCACGAGGUUUUGGAGAAACUGAACAUGCAGGCCAUACUUAACGCCUCUGCCCAGGAAGAUGAGUUUGUGAAAGACUACCUCAUUACCUGUGACAAGUUGUCUUUGUUGAUAUAUGAUCUCCUGGCCACAGAGGUUUGGAAGGAGAAAGUCUUCUCUGAGAUUCUGGACACCGAAGACUUUGAUCCCAAAACAACUUUCCCUUUGUAUAUGGUGCUCUACCAUGAGGCGACUGUGAUUAACCUGCUUGAGACAACCAUGUUUUACCGAGAAGUGUGUGAGGCAGCAGAGGACUGUGUCCUUGACCUUGUAGACUACUGUUACAGGAAACUCACACAGCUCAUAGCAAGGAGUGAGGAGUCAGAGGAAGAGAAAGAUGAGGAAGUGGAUGUGAGCCAGGACGUCUCCAAAAUGGUGCAUGCAUCUAACUUACAGGAACUUGAAAAACAGGACAGGAAACUGAACUUUGAGAUCUGCAUCAAAGCUGUGUCACUGCUCAGAUAUAUUGUUGACCAUCUUGAGGGGUUACCUCUUAGUGUGAUGACACGCCUGCUAAACACACACGACAUCCCACAACUACUGGUGCAACUAAUAGGAACACCCCCGUGGUCUCACAGGAAAGAUGGAAAACAAUACAAAUACAUAGAUGGAAAAUGGGUACAAGUGGAUUUUGCAGAUAGUUUGAAACUCACAAAAAUAGAAGGACAGGUCUGGCUUUCCAUAUUCCAACUGCUAAUGUCGACAGCCUGUCAACAGAAAUACGAGCUGGACACAUACAGGAAAAACACAAUACUUAAGUUGCGGUCAUUCCUGACGGAGCCCAUGUUGGACCAGAUUCCUAUGCUUGGGGAGCUGCAGCGUUACCUGGAACACCUGUCCAUGAUGGACCCACCUGCACCCAGGAGAGAGGUCAUACUUGAACAGGUACCUGAGGUCCGUGAUUACAUUCUGCACAGUAAUGAGGGCAAGUGGAAGAAGAUUGCCAAGAAGCAGAUUAAGUUGUUCUUUGACCCGUCAACCAGUGACCUCAAGAUGCAAGCAAAGAGGUGGGCAGACACUUACAAUUUUGAUGUGAUGGAGGGGUUACUGUCCGAGCCGCCAAAGUGUGCCAAGUGUGGUGAAGAUGCAAGCAAGCGCUGCUCUCGAUGCCAGAACGAGUGGUACUGUGGAAGGGAGUGUCAAGUGACCCACUGGCAGAAACACAAGCAGGCCUGUGAUCUCAUGUUUGACUCUCUCAAGAAACUCAAGGAGCAUGAGCAAGCCAAGGGAUGAUGCCACUAACCUGAGAUCUUGUUUUUCUACUUGUUCAAUUUUCUGACAGUUUUGGACCUUUUUGUCUGUGUUAAAACAAACUGUUAGGCCUACAGUGUCUUGUUUCUUUACUUAAAGUGUCACUCAUAUUUUAAAUCAGUACAUACACAUUUAUAACACAUAAAUUUUGAGUGUUAAUCCUUGAACUACUUACUAAAUAAUGCAAUUCUGGAAAAAAAUAAUAACUGGUAACAGAUUGUAACUGUGAAUUUAAUAGCUAAAAACGCAUAAUAUUAAAUGACUAAAAGUCCUAAAAGAUUUACACUGAUCAACUUUUGUCGCAUAAGGUGGAAAUAAUAUGUUACUGCACCUUCCUUUCAAAUCAAACAUGGACUUCAUAAGAACCAUUGUUUACGAUAUCUGUUCAUCCUUUUUGUUAAAUUAAAACAAUUGUAUUAAUUAUUUGGGCGCAAGAGUGCAUCUUGAAGUCAACAAAACAUUGCUUGGCAACAAAUAGGAUCUUUUUAUGCCUCUCUAAAUCUAAGACUGCGGUAAAGUGUACUGACCAUGUUGAACACUUAAAAAUAUGAUCAGGAACGGUGUAUUGAAAAUAGCUUUGUCAUAUUAUACUAUGUAUAGGACGCACUUUUUUACCCCAGAAUUGUUGGGAAAAAAAUUGCCUGCGUAACUUUUCUUCUAAUUCUAUAUGUAUCAGUUCUUGUUUUCAUUUGAAUGAUCUUUCAAUUGACAAACAUUUUGCUUUAUUCCAUCCUGUGCAAAAACUACAGUACCGCUGUCUGAUUUUAAUAUCAUUAUGAGGAGUGUAUAAAAAGUAUUUGUUCAGAUUUGAAUGAUCUUUCAAUUGACAAACAUUUUGCUUUAUUCCAUCCUGUGCAAAAACUACAGUACCGCUGUCAGAUUUUAAUAUCAUUAUGAGGAGUGUAUAAAAAGUAUUUGUUCAGAUUAUGUUUGUAUUAAUUGAAGUAUACAGCCAUUAUAGGUUGUAUUUGUGAUGUGUGUUCAUGUAUCUUAAUUUAUUUAUUUUAAUGAAAACAUUCCUUUUGAUAAUAAACAAUUU